AUCCAAACCAAUAAACCUACAAACCUGCAAAAAGAGAUGAAAGAAGCUUCAGGCUCAAAAUCUCUGUAAUCAAGAUAAUAACAACAACAACAACUUUGAUUUGUAAUGCGGUUCGGUUCGAACGUGUUCCGCUAAGUGGAGCCGUGUGUGUCAGCGUGUGUGCUUUUGUGUGCCGUUCCCCGUGUCCGCCGUGUCCCGGUUUCGAUCUGGUGUCCGUGUCGGUGCGUUUAUCCGCUGCUCUGUCCAGUGUAGUGACCUGUGCGCUGCAUUCUUCGUAGUGGCAGAGUAGUGUGUGGUGUGCUUCGUUCUGCGUUCGUUCGCCGUCAUCGUCGCCCGUCAGUCUGCCUCGAUCGGUCGUCCUGGAAACCACUCACGCCGAAUCCUGCUCGCUUUCGGCAUCCGACUACUGCUGCUGAAGCAACCAGUGCUUUGUGUUCGGCGUGUCCGGCGCGUGGUGUCCUUGCUUUGUGAAGAGUGUCUAGUGUGAAGAGGUGCCGCGAUUCGAAUGGCGAAAAUCUAAGUAAAACCACACUACAUUCUGCUGUGCGCGUUACUCGCCAGGCGUUACACUGCGUUACGGUAGCACCUGGUUUCUUCGGGUGCAGUUUCUACGGGAGUGAUUAGCCAAAAGCGGAGUGCAGUGGGCUCAGUAGUGAGCGAGAGCGAGGGAAAAGAAACGUUUCGCGAUGGCGGACGACGAGAACACCCUGGAGGAGAUCCCGGAGUCGGAAAACAAGCAUCUACUUCGCAACCGAGGUCGCAAGGGCGCGCUGAAGAAGAAGAACGUAUAUAAUGUCAAGGAUCAUCGGUUCAUACCGCGCUUCUUCAAGCAGCCCACGUUCUGUUCGCACUGCAAGGAUUUUAUCUGGGGAUUCGGCAAGCAAGGAUUUCAGUGUCAAGUUUGUUCCUUCGUCGUUCACAAACGAUGCCACGAGUACGUCACCUUCAAGUGUCCGGGUGCCGAUAAGGGAGCCGAUUCGGAUGACACCCGUACCAAGCAUGAGUUUAAAGAGUGGACCUAUUCGAGCCCAACGUUUUGCGAUCACUGUGGCUCGCUGUUGUACGGUCUGAUCCACCAGGGGCUUAAGUGUACAGCAUGUGAUAUGAAUGUACACAAACGGUGCGAGGAGAGCGUACCGAACCUCUGCGGAUGUGAUCACACCGAGCGCCGAGGGCGGAUCCAGCUGACGAUCACGCACUCGGUCGGCAAGCUCAACAUUGAAGUGAAACAGGGUCGCAACCUGAUUCCGAUGGAUCCGAAUGGCUCGAGCGACCCGUACGUCAAGAUUAAGCUCAUCCCGGAUGCGGACAAUGUGAAGAAGAAAACCAAAACCAUCCGUGCGUCGCUGAACCCGGUCUGGAACGAGACGCUGACAUUCGAUCUGAAGGCGGAGGAUAAGGAUCGCCGUCUACUGAUCGAAGUGUGGGACUGGGAUCGUACCUCGCGGAACGAUUUCAUGGGCUCACUGUCGUUCGGCAUCUCGGAAAUCCUGAAGAACCCGGUCGACGGGUGGUUCAAGCUGCUCACCCAGGAGGAGGGCGAAUACUACAACGUGCCGGUACCGGAGGAGGGUGCCGAUCUUGUGCAGCUCAAGAGCCAAAUGAGGAAAACAUCCAUCACCAAGAAGAUACCGAUGAUGGGCGAUAAGGAUGUGCCGCAUAACAUGACCAAGAAGGACGUCAUACGGGCGACCGACUUCAACUUCCUGAUGGUGCUCGGCAAGGGUUCGUUCGGCAAGGUGAUGCUGGCCGAGCGCAAGGGCACCGACGAGCUGUACGCGAUCAAGAUCCUGAAGAAGGAUAUCAUCAUUCAGGACGACGACGUGGAGUGCACGAUGGUGGAGAAGCGUGUCCUUGCGCUCUCCAGCAAGCCUCCGUUCUUGGUGCAACUGCACUCGUGCUUCCAGACGAUGGAUCGUCUGUACUUUGUCAUGGAAUACGUCAACGGAGGUGAUCUCAUGUUUCAGAUUCAACAGUGCGGCAAGUUCAAGGAACCGGUCGCUGUAUUUUAUGCAUCGGAAAUUGCAAUAGGUUUGUUCUACUUGCACGCGCGCGGCAUCGUUUACCGCGAUCUGAAGCUGGACAAUGUUCUGCUGGAUCAGGACGGUCACAUCAAGAUCGCCGAUUUCGGUAUGUGCAAAGAGGGCAUUAUGGCUGAUAAGACGACGAAAACAUUCUGCGGCACUCCUGACUAUAUAGCACCCGAGAUCAUUUUAUAUCAACCGUACGGCAAGUCGGUUGAUUGGUGGGCUUACGGAGUGCUGUUGUACGAGAUGCUCGUUGGUCAGCCACCGUUCGAUGGCGAGGACGAAGAGGAGCUGUUUGCCGCCAUCACCGAUCAUAACGUUUCCUACCCGAAGAGCUUGAGUAAGGAAGCCAAAGACGUCUGCAAGGGGCUGCUGACGAAGAAUCCACAGAAACGGCUUGGCUGUGGUGCUCGAGGCGAGGAGGAUGUCCGUGCCCAUGCCUUCUUCCGGCGCAUCGAUUGGGAGAAGAUCGAAAACCGGGAAGUGCAGCCCCCGUUUAAGCCAAAGAUUAAACAUCGCAAGGAUGUCUCCAACUUCGAUCGUCAGUUCACUUCGGAGAAAACUGAUCUCACGCCGACGGACAAGCUUUUCAUGAUGAAUCUCGAUCAAACGGAGUUCAACGGCUUCUCGUAUCUUAAUCCCGAGUUUGUGCAGUACGUCUAAAAGUGGGGAGGGCACCCGGAACCAAUCUCAACACCAGCCCUUCACAUCUGGCAGUGGUUAUUGCUCAACCCGCGUUUCCAUUUUUAUGUUUGUAUUUUAUUUAAUUUGUUUACCGUGUCCGCCGAUCGGAGAGAGCACUUAUCCAAAGAAACGAUUAACAUUAAGCUACAUUUGCUGUGACCUUUCGCAGAAGGUUGUUCGACAGUAGGGCAUUCAUGAAUCCAGUCAAACGGCUUGCCAUACGAUAAGUUUCCAUUCCGCUCUCACAAAUUUGGAGCAUUUGUUUUCGCCUCCCCGAGGAGACUUGCGAACCGCAAUCUUUAGGUCUUCCCGUUCGCGCGAGGUGUCGUUGCCUAGUUGUUUAAUUAGUCGUCGUUAUAGUUAAUUUUCCAUAAAUUUCGCGAAAGGCAUGAUGUGGUUUGCUUAACAAGCUUCGUCUUCGGAUAUGUUUUAUGUACCGUAAUCGAAAUGGCGUGUCUCUCGUGGCCACAGUUUCGUUUGCCUGUGCAAAUCUCCUGUACAUGUUUAGCUAGUAAAUACGCAAAAGGAUCCGAUUGGUUUUGCUUGCACUCCAUCGGUUCCUCCUUUGCGAGGGAAUCUAAUUGCCAAACUCUUUUAUCUACUAAUACCACUUUUACACUCAUUAUCGUGUUACGGACACCGGCGAAGCUGCGUCAGCGAGCGCACAACGGAUUACAUUAAGCGCCAUGUCUCUGGCGGUCAUGUCGCGAGUUGCGAUUGCUUGUGCGUGGCUUCGUUGGAUCCGUAAAGCGACAUUUAAAACAUCUGCACCUUGUUAAAAUCUACACACUUUUAUACUAUAAACAAAUUAUACAUAUAUACAAAUGCGUUUCAGUAAAUGAAGCAUUCAGCAACAGCAGAAAGUAACAAACAAUCCAAACAAAUCGUCGAGAGUGGCACUUGAGGGGAAAGGAAAAAAGAAAAGCAAAAAAUACAACCAAAACAAUUAAAAGAAAUACUGCAAGUGAAGAAAAUUUCUUUUCACAUUGAAUAAUUUCGCUCAGAGGAUUUUAAUUUUCGUUUCGAGCAACGCGUUAUCGAACAACCGAAAAGCAUCAAUACAAUUGCAAACCAACACUAUAAUUGUUCUGAAAAUGUCGAAUAAAUCAGAAUCUUUGCUUACGACCAGUAGAGAAGCUUGGACGAUACAUGAGAUCGCCUUACAUGGAACAUACUUUCGAGAGAAACUAAAAGGUACAUCCCAAGAGUACAUUGUGACAUCCAGAAGAAUUUAUUCUGUUCUUCUCGGCAGCACACAUUCGAUGUUGCACUCUGUAUAAUGCUUCGACUCUAUCGUCCCUUUCUAAGUGACCGACAAGCCACCUGAAACUACAAGAUCUACGGAAUUUAAAGCAGUACGGCUCUACUUGAGCCGACUUUUAGGGAAUGACUUUGGCCGUGAGCAACAACAAAGGCGUACCAAUGUACCAUACUGUUCUUUCUCGGUUGAAACACUACUAGUCACCCGAAACUUCUGAUCGGUGUCCAAACUAAUCGGACGGCUAGAGAGGCGCGAUCAUGUGAAGCAUAUUACACCAGACAGAAUCGACCUACAUCGUUUCGGGCGAGUCUUGUGUACUAAGAAAACACCACUUUUUCACUAAUAGAGCGAAAAACUUGAGAAAUCUAAGGUAGUACAAGGCAGAAAGUAUGCACAUUUACUCUCAUCUAACCGUGCUUAUGAAUGUUAGAAGUUGGGAGCUGAGCAGUAAGACAAUGAUGCCAUAGGUUAAGCAUUCAGCAGCAGGUCAGUACCAGGAGAAUUUUAAGAGAUUUGGUAGUUGCCCACUCACCCACAGACAUACACAAAUUCGUUCGGCUAGCGAGCAGAUUGUAUUCACGUGCCACAGUAACAAUCAUACAAGUACGGACAGCACCAGCAAAACGCAAGACAAACUUGACGCAGGCGCCGAUAUUCGCUAAGAUAUUGUUGGAUACUAGUUUUAGUAGCAAUAAUGACAGAGCAUAGAGAGUAGCAGAAGCGGAAGUGAAGCAAAAAGUAAAACCCCAAACCGCGAGACGGUUCCCGCGUUCUUUGCCAUUGCAUCGACAGGCUGUCACUGGUAGAACACCUAUCUACUUCUAACGUCACGAGGACACAAAGCCCUCGAGGAGAGGUACAUGGUUCGAGAUGGAAUGCUUUCUGUGACCACACCUCGAAAAGCACUCAUAUACCUAAACACACAUACACACAAAUACACACACGUAGCUUAAACUUGAACUUACGCAAAACACAUACUCGAAAGAUCAACCAAAAGGAGCUUUAAUCUUGCACUUUAUUGAUAUACUGAAUAAAGAAAACAAAAUGUGAGGUAAAAUAAAGGGAGACUAUUAGGACCGGUGCCGGAGCGGGCCGGGGCGGGAGAGAAACAAUUCCGAGGCAAUCGAGGAAGUUAUAUUAAUAAACGAUCAAUAUACCCCUAUUGAUAAGCAACACAAGAAACCCAUAGACAGUCGCCCCCGAAAGUCCCCGAUUAGCCGACACUCUCUGCAUCAGUAACCACACACCAGACAAGCACUCGAACAGCCCGCGUCGGCGUUUAUACGAUAAACAAUUGUAGCAAAAACCCCUUACAUUGGCGUGAAAUUCUGAACGAAGUGCUGGACCAGAAACGGAGCGCUUUUGGCAGCGUUGUUGGCAGGCACAGUUUGCAUCGUGCGGCCAGGCAUUGUGAUAAAAUUGGCAUUAGCGAAGCGAAUACGUGAAGCAGCAACGAGGAAAUGGAAAAUCACAUGCGACAGCAGCACUAGCGGCGCAAGCGCGGGAUUCGAUUUGGCCAGUAGAAUACGCACGACACUUGUGAGUGCGCCGGCACGUGCGUCGAUAGCUAGAAUGGGCGAAAACGUAAGUGUAAAACUAUAUUGAAGAGAUCUAUUUAUUAUACUGAAAAAUAAUAGGUGUCGUGAAACAAACCGUGAAAAAUACUACACAAAAUGAGAGAAAAACCCCUGCCUGUGAUUGGGCUUAAUAUAGAAUCUAUUGCAGACUAAUAUUUAAUCCUAGUACAGAGAGAGAGAGAGAGAGAGAGAGAGUGGAUUGAAGGCGAAGCUAUCGAUGGGUAGACUUAUAUUAAAGCAUUCUCAGCAUUCGUAGCGUAAGCAUUCACCAAGAUUGAAAAAAAGCAAUUUGUUCUCAAUAUAAUACACGUAAAACGCUCAUCACACUCACCGGAAAACGACACUUUCAAUACAAACGCAAAAAGCAUAUUACUCUCUUGUAGUGCGUAAGUUUGGUGAGCUGGGUACAGUAAGAUAGAUGGAAAGCUAGCUAUCAUAUCAAGUGUGUAUCGACAACAGGCCACAGGGCCGGCACAUGAGUCGCCGAAUGUCGAGAAUUUGGGAUGCUCUCUCUCUCCCUCCAGGACAUCCGCUCACUGUGUCCGGAGUCGAAAGAAUCGAAAAUGACAAUCUAUAAACGUAAUAACGAGAACGCUGAAAACCAAUAGACAAAGAAAAAGAAAACCCUUUAGCUUUUAGGAGGAAGCCGUCACACCGUGGAGGUGACGUGGUAAGAAGAAAUACCAAGUUUAUACAUUACUGAACGGAACGGGAACGCUAACAAUUGGUGGACUAUUUAUGCAACUUAAACCAUAGGGAUACUUGUGCGCCUAGACCUACCAGAGCCGAAAGGCGCUUCGGACAACAGAAAGGUAUAUCGAUGUUCUCAAACUCUCGACAUCCAAUCACCUUGCAUCAAUGUGACACUUACUCUCUUGCAACCUAUAUAGUCUGUAAACAUUCCAGAAGAGGAAGGCCAUAGGUAUGAAAUGGAAUUGAGAGGCAUUGCAAGCGCCACAUGCUAUGACAUAAACGAACCGGAAAUGUAACUGUCGUUUCUAGGAUCCGCAAACAGUUGGACAGUGCACGACUGUACCGAUGAGUGAUGGAAAGAACAAUCUCUUUGUAAACAAUAGCGUAAAGUGAUUUUUCGUUCUGCUUCAACACCUAAACUAAAGUGAGACGCAAUCGUAACGCGGAACUGGUAGACAUAAUCCGGCAGUAGGCAUACAUAGUGCUAGUACCUAACCUCUGUUAAGGAUUCGUAACCAUAUGCGUUCUAACAGUUAUACGAUAACGGUAGUGAUUUAAUAUAACCACUUUACUAAGAGUCAUCUUCCCUCGAUUGGUCGGUUUUGUGAUUGUAGAAGUUGUAGUACUGAUUUUGUUAGACAACUUUUACACUGCAACGGUUACGAUAUUUUAUUGCUGUACUCUAACACAUUUGCUAUUAUACUUUAGCAUCGGUUAGUAUUACUAAUGUUUUAUCCAAUAACUACUAUCUGAGCCAGUUACAGGUUGACAAUGUGCAGCCAAUCGUUUUUUAAGCACCAAAGGAGAAACGGAAUUACCACUGUUUCGAUUAAUUACCCAUUUCGCACAGUGAAUGCGCAUGUUCCGUUGCAGGCGGCCGACAAAAUCGCAAGUUACUUCACGCCCAAUUAAGUAGAGCAAAACAGUUUGUAAGAUGAAAAAGUAAAACGAAAUAGAACGAAAUUAGAAUUCAGCCAUUCCCGCAAGAUUGGACGACAAAAUCAGUCUUACCAUAAGCACCGGAAAACAGGAACCUUUUUACAUUUCGAACGGAUAUUUAAAGAGGCAACAACAAAAGUCUGCAUUGAAACAACAUUUUACUGUGAGUC